UGGCGACAAGUUUGGUUUCCUGAUAGCUGCUGCAGCUGUCUCUCAUGAGUAUCACUUUGUGAACGAAGCAAAGAGCUGGACUGAAGCCCAGAGUUACUGCAGGACCCAUUACACAGACCUGGCAACCCUCUACAACACUGAUGAUGUGAAUGCGCUGACUCAACUAGGCAGCCCAACCGGCUCUGCUUGGAUUGGACUCUAUGAUGACUCGAUCGACGGCUUUAGGUGGUCCAUCACAGACAGCAACUUCUAUGGCCCGGGAGAGAAAAAUUAUAGAGCAUGGUAUUACGAACAACCCGGUAAUGGUGUGGGAGAACAUGUUUGCACAUUAAUGCUUGGAGGAAAAUUCGCUGGACUUUGGAAUGACAUCAACUGUGAGGAGGAACAUUACAGAUAUUUUGUCUGUUUUGGAGGUGAUGACCAGUAUGUUCUCAUAACACAAUAUAAGAAAUGGAGGGAUGCCCAAAGCUACUGUAGAGCCAACUAUAUUGAUCUACCAAGCAUAAGGAAUGCAACAGAGAAUGAAAAGGUCCGUGUCACGGCCAACGAUUACUCCGUAUUCAUUGGUCUGCACCAAGUCAGACCUUGGUCAGAUGGCAGUGACUCUUCUUUCAGAUACUGGAAAUCGGGCCAACCUGAUCAAGUACAAACAUGCACUGCAAUGUCAUUCAGUGAUGCCGGCCAGUGGACAGAUGAGAACUGUGCUACCACUCUUCCUUUCUUCUGCUACGGAGAUAGACGUACUGUUGCCACUCUCAGGGCUGUGGUUAAGACUACAGUUGAGCUAACUGAGGCUGAUAUCGAAGACAGAGUCAUAAAACUUCUUCGUGAGGAGCUCAUCAGAAAUGGGCUUCCAAACAGCACCAGUUUGAGUCUGAGAAGAAUUAACCGUGCCAACCCAUGAAGACAUCUGUCUGAUUCAACAUACAUUAUAGUUAAUCAUUACAAGCAUGAUUGCUGUAACCUUGCCGGACAACCCAAUGAUUUGUCUGAUUCUUCUAUAAUAAACUGUUACAUUUAAUACAAUAAAAUCUCAAAUUGUC